AAUGAACCCACUAAAUCAAAGAAAAACAGGAGGAGGGGGAAGAAAAUAAAGAAAGCCUUGAAUGGCACAUCUGCAAAGGAAACCCAGGAGAAACUGAAUUCCAUUGUAGUAGAAGUUGACGGAAGUGAUGAUGAAAUAGCAUUCAAAACUCCACCAAAUAUGGUGAAGAAAUUUGUAAAGAUCACUCCAUCAUCACCUGCAAAUAAAAUCCACACACAUGAAGGAAAGAGCACAGCCACUGAGCAGUCCCUUGUGAAGAGUCUCUUUAGCAAAAAGAAAGGCCUGCCAUCAACACCAAACAAAGCAGAGGAUAUGCUUGAGGUUGCUACUCCCCAAACUGUCAAGUUGACACCAGGAACCAAAAAACUGGGGAAGAAGGUGAAGACAGCAGAAACUACACCCUCUAAAAGCGAGGAAGAACCCACGGCUAUUCUGAAGAAAACUCCCAAGAAGAAUGCAAAGACACCAGGUACCCCAUCUGCAUCAUCAGCUUUAGAUCAAGUAACAGAAGAACCAGUCUCUGCAACAGAGGCAUCUGUUGGUGAAAGUGAGCCAGUUGAAGCAAAGUCUCCUAAAUCAACUAAAACUUCUGUAACUCCUAAGAAAACUCCUAAAGCUACUCAGAAAACUCCCAAAAAGGUUCCUGGUACACCAGCUGAUGAAAACAAACCAGUUGAGGCGAAGACUCCGAUAACAACUAAUCCAUCAGUAACUCCGAAGAAAACUCCAUCCAAAGCAACUCAGAAAACUCCCAAAAAGGUUCCUAGUGCACCAUCUGAUGAAAGCAAACCAGUUGAGGCAAAGACUCCAGAAGCAGCAAAAAUUCCUAAAACCCCUGAAGCAAAGACAGGUAAGACAAGAACACCAAAAUCAGCAAAAAGAAAAGAGGAAAAUAUUGAUACAGUAGCACAACUUGAUGCUGCUAAUGACAAAACUCCACUCAAAAGAACAGUAGAAGAACCUCAGGCUAAAGAACUCUUUAAGAAAGUAAAGGUAGAUUCUACAGAACAGACCACAACUCCCAAGAAAUCUACAGAGACACCUGUUACUCCAUCUGCAUCGUCAGCCUCAGAUAAAGUAGCUGAAGAAACUGUUGAGACAAAGGCAGCAAAAUCUCCCAAAACUCCCAAAACUCCAAAGGCAAAGAUCGAUGGCACAAAGACACCAAAAUCAACAAAAAGAAAAGCAGAUAAUCCAUUAGGUCAUAGCGAUGGCCCAGAAGCAUUACCUACACCUGCAAUUGAGGGAACUCCACGCAAAAAGACUGAAGAACCUCAAGGUCAAGAUCUCAAGAAACUAAAAGUAGAUCCCACAGAAUUGGCGUCAACUCCCGCAAGAACUCCUAAGAGGGCUGUUAAGAAGACCCCUAAAGUAGAUGAAAGCUCAACAACUCCUCUUCGAAGGUCCCUUAGAAGUGGUAAGAAUAAUCAGUCUUAGGAUCCUGAAACAAAGCAAACAAAAAAUAAAACAAAAAACAGAGAGCUUCCUGUGUCAGAAUAUGCAGAACUUGAUGGGAGCCACAGAUCUUGUUACAUUUUGAGAGUGAGGACCUAGUUUGUUAGAGUUUAUGUAUGUAAAUUAGCAAGAAUUAUAUUGGUCUAAUUUGUAGGCCUACAGUAUUUGGUUGGAUGGUAUUUUUCUUGUCUACAAGACAUUUUCUAACCGUGUUCAAUAAUAACAAAUAUUGCUGUAAUAUUUUAAGUGUCUUGGUUUACUUUCUAACCAAGCACCAGGGAUUUAUCUAAAUGAAACAUAUUAGCUUAUAUUGUACUGUAUACUUCGUUUUAUGCAGAAACCAUAUAUAUAAUUAUUAUGUAUUUUGCUGUUUUUGAAAGAGCUCUACAGUGAUUUUUUUGUUUUUCAAUAAAACUGAAUAAAGUU